GGAAGUAAGCCUCGAGGUGGUUUGCUUCAAGUAAGCAGGCGCACCCUCCUUUCUGGGGCGCACUGGGCACCUCUGAUGGAAAGAGUCCAAGGCUUCCAACCCUAGCGGCCCCCUUCUGGCAGCCUCGGAGUCCCCCUUCCCGAGCCUUUAAUUUUAGCCCUUACUUGCGACCCGAGGGACGCCAUGCAAACUCGGCCAGCAGGAGGAUGUCGUAAAGGGAACCGCUCCAAGCGUUUACUGUCAGCAGCCGCCGAGCGUGUUUGGAUUGCAUUUCCUGCUCCGGGAAGGCAGCGCCCCCCGCUUGCUUUCGUCCAUUGACGUCUUGUCCCCCGCUCCCUUUUCCCCUGUCAGGCUGUUUUUCCCACCCACCACUCCACCCUUCCGUCCCGGGCGGAGCCGAGGGCGCAAAAGCGGCGCCUUGAGCUAGCACGGGGCUGGAUCAGACGCGAGAGGCGAAGAAGCAGCAAGGAGCGGAGCCGCCCAGAACCAACUGUACACAAAUCCUUGGAAAUGGAACCUACUAAGUCUGCACCGGUGCCUCCAGUUCCUGGGUAUCCAGGGACUGGGUACACAGGGCCCGGAUAUCCUGGACCACAGCCACCCUACGGCUAUCCUCAGUAUGCCCCUGGACCAGGUUUUCCAGGAGCUCCAGGUGCCCCAGGGCAGCCUCCUUAUACUUUCCAGAGUUAUCCAGCAGCUUAUGGAGCUCCACCCGUUCCAGGUCAGCCUAAUGCAACUGGUGGUGCAAUUUGGAUGCCAGCACCACCUCCACCUCCUAACUGUCCCCCAGGAUUAGAAUAUUUAAGCCAGAUUGAUCAGAUAUUAAUUCAUCAGCAGAUUGAGCUUUUGGAAGUAAUAACUGGUUUUGAAACAUGCAAUAAGUAUGAAAUAAAAAAUGCACUGGGACAAAGGGUCUACUUUGCAGCUGAAGAAAAUGACUGCUGUACACUCAACUGUUGUGGACCCUCACGGCCAUUUACGAUGAAGAUCUUUGACAAUCUGGGCCAGCCUGUUAUAGAACUCACAAGACCUCUCAGGUGCUCCAGUUGCUGUUGUCCAUGCUGUUUGCAGGAGCUUGAGGUUCAUGCACCCCUUGGCACACCUGUUGGAUAUAUUAAACAGCUUUGGGACCCGUGCUUGCCUAAAUUCACUAUCCAAAAUGAAGCUCGAGAAGACAUAUUUAAAGUUGUUGGACCCUGUAUAGUAUGCAGCUGCUGUGAAGAUAUUAAUUUUGACGUGAAGUCAACUGAUGAAAAGUCUUCAGUUGGAAGAAUUUCUAAGCAGUGGACUGGCUUUGUGAGGGAGGCCUUUACAGAUGCUGACAACUUUGGAAUCCAAUUCCCGCUGGAUCUCGAUGUCAAAAUGAAAGCAGUCAUGAUUGGGGCUUGUUUCCUUAUUGAUUUCAUGUUCUUUGAACACUCAGGCAAUCGGCAACAGAGAGCUGGAGUCUGGUAACAGAACUGACUGCUGCAUUGUGAACUCUUCAGAGAAAACAUCUUAUUACAUCAUAGAAACUUCUUAUUACAUCAUAAAACAUCAGAGAAAAUAUCUUAUUGUUGUUCUCGCUUGGCUAAAACUAAGAAUAAAGCCUGGGCAUAGAAAGGAUUUUCAUUCAAAUCACUUAUUUUUGUAACCAAAGGUUUUUGAAGCUACAUACUAGUAUAAUUGCAUUUAUGAGGCUGCUGCUCUGAUAUAGAUUGUGCACACCAUAAUGUAUAUUGAACUAUUAUUUUUGAUAUAGUGAACUUGUAUAGGAUGUGAUCCUUCCUGGCUCAGGGCUCCCCGACAGCUCCCUCAUAGCAUGUACAAGUGCAGGUUUUGGUGUUUAUCAUGCAAGUGUACACAGUGAAGGAAAGACGAACUGAGGGGAGGCAAGGAUACUUUGUAAUGUAAAACAAAUUGAAAAUGUACUACUUUGUUUUUGUGCAUUUUGUUUAUAGAAAAUAAAGCACUUUCUACUUGAGUUAA